UCCCCUAUUCGCCUCCCUAACUAUUAUAUUGCUGCCGUGCUCGCACACUCACUGCAACACUGGACAAAAUUCUACGUGCUCACGGACCAGACUAUAGUAUUGUACAGUAAUUGGAGCUCAAUCAAUCACAAGCUCUAUAUCCAUUCUAUUCAACAUUUUAAUUUUAAAAGUCUUAUCAAUCAUGUGCCGCAUGAAGAAGUUAUCUGAUUACUACAUAUUAUAUCAUAGUACACAAAGUUAUUUUAUACUUGUAUGUACCUAAAUACAUUUGCACUAAUUUAAAUUUAUUUAGUAACACUACAUUUGUGUUCAAUUAUGUUUUUACAUAAAACAUGCAUUUAUUAUUCCACUUUAAUAAUAUUUCAGCCAAAUGACGUCCACUGCCGGACAAAGGCCUCCCCCAAGGCCUUCCUUCCUUAAUAAUAUUGGUGCAAAUAAUAUACCAAAUGUUUAUUGCUUUUUCAUGUAGAAUUUUAUUGCUUUAGAAGCAUGAACAUAAUUUUUACACAAGUCAGUUAAGCAAUACCAAUACCUAUGUAUAUUCUUGUUGUAUUUUCACAUGGAAUGACAUGUUAGUGUUUGUUAUAUUAUGUUUCUUAAGUGUGGAUGUUACCGAUUCCGCGUUACGUGUUCUCCUAGGCAGAGACGCUGAACAAACUGAAUUUCCUUACGUUGUAAGGAUGGAAAUAAGGCAUAAGGCAAAAAAUAAGACUCAACUUGUUUUGCAAAACAGCCACAUGUGUACCGCUUCAGCCCUAACACCCACUUGGUCAUUAACAGCAGGUCAUUGCAUUAAACACUUGAACUUGAUCAUAACUGAGAAAUGGGUUAUUGAUCCAAAAGGAGUUGUAAGAUAUGGGUCACCUUCUGGCAUCCCAUCACAGAAUGAUAAAUUUAGUGACAUUGUAUCAUAUGUUAUGCAUCCUGCUUACCUUUCUAUGUAUGCUAUGAAUGGGGUUAGGGUACAUAAUGACAUUGGAUUGCUGAAAACCCUGCCUGUAAAGUUAGAACACUAUGCAAAGUUGAGCGCUGUGGAUUACAACACGAUGGCUGGGCAAGCCGCGAAAGCGUUGGGAUAUGGAUUGAUGCUAAUGGAAAAAGAAAUCAAAAACACCCUGCAGCUGGGAAGAGCAUUGCAAGUUUUAGAUGUUGUUGUUCAAGAUUGUGCUUUCUUCAUAAAGAAGAACAAAAUGAUAUAUCCUGGGUUAUGCUUGAACAGGCGUUGUGGAAAUCCCUCCUCACUUUGCAAAGGGGAUUCUGGAGGUCCCAUUAUGCAUUUCAGUGGGAUCCUGGGAGUCAUAUCAACUGGAAUAUCGUCAGAUUGCAAAGUGAAACAUGUAAAAAAGGGGAUUAGCAGCAAUAUUGUUGGACUGAUCACUCCGGUGAGCCCUUUCAUCAAUUGGAUUACCGAUCACAUUAAAACGACGUCGGAUCAAACGUAAUCUUUAAUGGAACUUUAUUUAUUCAUUCCAUUACUUAAGUGUUUUGUUAUCAUCUACAUUUUGUUUAUUGUAUGUCCUCUGAGUCACAGUAAAUUAUAUUAUAACAAAUAAAUAAUGGAAUUUUACUAAGAACAUUCUAAACAAGUAUUUUUUGCUUUUAUUCAUUUUUUUUGUUUGGGUACUUAAGGAUAAUAAUAUCCUUCAGAUUUAUUAUUACGGAUUUGACGCAGACCGUCCCAUUCGCAUUUUGUCUAGCGGUAUGGUACGCCCCGGCUAUGCGGCUUCACACGGGUAGAAAAAAUACGAAAUCCAGGAACAUUUCGUAUGGGGAAAAUGUUUUUCGUUUUUCAAAUUUCCUAAGUUUUAAUCGUUUUUUUGCUACUCGGGACGGGGAUAAAUACAGCAAAUCAAAAACCAUGAAAAUCGGUCUAGCAGUUCUCGAGUUAUGAGUGAUCGAACCCGACGAUUUUCAGUUCAAUGCACUAGAGUUCACUAGAUGUUGACGGAGUCUCCCAGUCGUAAGCAAUGAAGCCGCGAUGUAGGUAUUUAGAUGGGUUUUACUCCACCAUAUCUA